CGUCCCCCUGCGCACAGCAACACUUCCUGGGUUUGUCCGACUUCUGGUUGUUUUGGUCCAGCACUUUUAUCGGUUCGUUUUUUUCUGGACGAAACCUUCAGGAACCUUCAGGAACCUUCUGGGGUCCAAACUAUGAGACGCUGACGGUCGGAGGACGAACCGGACGCAGUUUGAUUUGAAGAAGAAGAAGACGAAGAUGAUGACGGAGGUUGAGGUGGAUCCGGAGCAGAGAGGAGGCGGAGCUAAAGAAGACUCUCGUCCAAUGGAAGCAGACGGUGAAGACGCCAUGACCAGGUCAGCUGACGCCACGCUGCAGGUCGCCAUGGAGACGGAGCAAAACAACGAACUCCCAGUGACGCCCCAGAAACCGCUGACUGGAACGGUGGUGGUUCUUGGAACCAACCAGAAAACAGCCAGCGAGACGCUGCAGAGAGUCCGAAGGUGGAGCAUCAGCAAGUACAAGGCGACCCGCCAGGCCCUGUCGGAGAAGAUGGGCCGCGGCUCUCGGACCGUGGAUCUGGACCUGGAACCCCGACUGGAGCUGCUGAAAGACGACCGGCAGCGCUACAGUCAGGUGACCCGACUCGCUCAGACGUUGUCCAAUCAACUGGCUCAGUUCACCGUUACCCAGAAGACCCUGGGAGAUGCCUUCACCGAGCUCAGCCUCAAGACGCCGACGCUGCACGUGGAGUUCGGAGUGAACGCCGAAGCCCAGAAGUUUCUGUCCAAGAGCGGAGAGACUCUGACGAUGGCCAUCAACGCCUUCACGUCCGACCUGAACACGCUGAUCAACAAGACCAUCGAGGACACCAUGAUCAACGCCAAGCAGUAUGAGGCUGCCAGAAUCGAGUAUGAUGCGUUCCGGGUCGACCUGGAGGAGCUGAACCUCGGACCGCGGAACACCGGCACUCUGCCCAAACUGGAGCAGGCCCAGAAGAACUUCCAGAGCCAGAGGGAACGCUACCAGAAGGUCCGAGAUGACCUGUCGGUCAAAGUGAAGCUGCUGGAGGAGAACAAGGUUAAAGUUCUCCAUAACCAGCUGUGGCUGCUCCACAGCGCUGUUGCCGCCCACAGUACCUCCUGCCACCGCUUCCUGGAACACAACAUCCGGCAGGUAGAUGAACACCUGAGCGACGCUCCGUCCUGGUUGGAGGAGAGCUGACAGCAGAGGAGCUCCACGGAUCCACGGAGCUGUGAGGGAAAUGUUUGGGAGAACUCCACUAGAAAUCAGUGAUGUUUUGAUCUGUGGGUUUAUUUAUUUAAUCCUCUGAACCCCAACAUGUUGGAACAAAAUGUUAGUUUUAAAAAAAAUCACCAAAAUCACUCCGCAUUCAUCAGAAACUGUAGAAACAGAAAGAAACGUCAGAUUUCCUACUUUCUUUGAACUAGACGCUGGAAAAAUUCAACAAAUCUGAGUUUCAAAUUCAUGAAAAUCUACAUAUUAUAUCUAAAAUUUUACCAAAAAUAAACUGCUCUAAUAACAGUCCAAUUCUGAGUUUUUAGGUUGAACUGCAGGCAGUGUUUCUGCUGAGCAGAGAGGCUGAUUAAACAUGUAAAUAGUUAAAUAUCUACAUCAUUUGGAGCCUUUAUUGUUUCUUUAUUGUUGGUAACACCUCAGAAACAUGCUGAUUCCAGGUUUUUACUGUUUUUGUAACAUUAAAGAAGCCUCAGAAAGUUCCUAAAUGAUUCAAGAUUUGUUUAAAAUAGUUCAAAAUUAUUUAAAAUUAGUUAAAAUAUGUCAAAAAAUGUUAAAGUUUGUUCAAAAUGACUCAAGCUGUUCAAAAUUACUUAAAAUUCAUCCAAAAAGAGUUAAAAUGGUCAAAAAAGGACUACAAAUCUGAAUCAAAUGACUUGAAAUUCAUUUAAAAUGUCUCAGAAUUUGUUCAGACGUGCUGAUUCCAGGUUUUUCUAACAUUAAAGAAUCCUGGUUUCGUGUCGUAGGGACAGAAGACGUGUCGUUCUGUUUGGCACAAGACUUGAUAUCUCAGAGAUAUACGAGCUUCAGCGAGUUUAAAAUCAGGAUCCGUCUGCUGGGGUUCGGAGGGUUUGAUGAUCUGCAGCUUCUGUUCGGCUGUUUGUUUGGAGGUUUUCUGGAGGAAAAAGCCUCAGAGCGUUUGUUCUGGAAGAGAUUCUGAAAAUCUUCCUCGUCUCUGUGAUGGAGACUAAAUCCGUCUAAUCCUCUGAGGCUCUAAGCUUCUCUUUGAACUUCAGAAACAAACCGUCAGACUAACGUGAGCCGACUGCUCCCAGAAGAACGUUAGAACCCUGUUUUAUCUCCACUGCUCCUGUUGUUCUGUCCUCCUGUUCUUUAACGCUCCAGAGCUUCAGCGUUCCAGGGCUCCACAGGAAAUCACUUUUUAUUGGUGGAACGGUUCGUCUGACCUUCAGCAGGUCUGUCCAGGUAGAAAAACUCACCUGGUUCCAGGUAAAUGUGACGUCAGAAGUCCUCAUGGUUGGUUACAGCUGCAGGAACUGAUGGAGACGAGAGAGGCGUUUAGGGAACAUCUGGAAACUACUGAUAACUGUCAGAUGUUUAGGGAACAUCUGGAAACUGCAGUGUCUAUUGAUGACUGUGAGGCAUUUAGGGAGCAUCUGAAAACUAAUGAUUCAGUUUCCAGAUGUUCCCUAGAUGCCUGAGGCCUCUACUAAUGAAUGUGGGGCGUUGAGUGAACAUCUGAAAACUGCAGCAUUCCCUGAUGACUGUGAAGUAUUUAGGGAACAUCUGGAAACUGAGGUGUCUACUAAUGACUGAGGCAUUUAGGGAACAUCUGAAAACUGUAGUGUCUACUGAUGACUUUGGGGCGUUUAGGGAACAUCUGGAAACUGAGACAUCUACUAAUGGAUCUGUUUCCAGAUGUUCCCUAAACACUUCAUAGUCAUCAGUAGAGUUGGAAACUUAGGCAUCUACUAAUGACUAUGGGACAUUUAGGGGACAUCUGGAAAUUUCACCAUUCACUGAUAAUUGAAGUGUUUAGGGAACAUCUGGAAACUGUACUAAUGACUGUGAGAUGUUUUGGGAAUAUCUUGAGACUGCAGCAUGUACUGAUGAUUGUGAGGCAUUUACGGAACAUCUGGAAACCAAUGACCCAGUUUCCAGAUGUUCUCUAAAUGCCUCACAGUCAUCAAUAGAUCUGGAAACUGAGGUAUCUACUGAUGACUGUGAGGCGUGUAGGGAAUAUCUGGAAACUGUAGUGUCUUCUGAUGACUGCGGGGCAUUUAGGGAACAUCUGGAAACUGAGAUACCUAAUAAUGUUUCAAUUCCCAUAUGUUCCAUAAACGCCUCACAGUCAUCAGUAGAAUUGGAAACUGAGGCAUCGACUAAUGACUGCGGGGCAUUUAGGGACCAUCUGGAAGUUGCGGCUUCCACUGAUCACUAUGAGGCCUUUAGGGAACAUCUGGAAACAGCGGCAUUUAUUGAUGACUCCGAAGUGUUUAGGGCACAUCUUAAAACUUCAGUUUCUGUUGAUGAUUGUGAGGCAUUUAGGGAACAUCUGAAAACUGCAGCAUUCAUUGAUGAAUUUUUCAGUGUUUAGGGAGCAUCUGGAAACUAAUCACUCAGUUUCCAGAUGUUCCCUAAAUCCCUCACAGUCAUCAGUAGAUCUGGAAACUGUAGUGUCUACUAAUGACUGUGAGGCAUUUAGGGAACAUCUGGAAACUGCAGAGUCUACUGAUGACUGUGGGAUGUGUAGAGAACUUUUGGAAACUACAGCAUCUGUUGAUGAUUGUGAAGUAUUUAGGGAACAUCUGGAAACUGCAGCAUCUACUGAUGACUGCGAGGCGUUUAGGGAACAUCUGGAAACUAGUGUCAACUGAUGACUGUGAGGUGUUUAAGGAACAUCUGGAAACUGUAGUGUCUACUGAUGACUGUGAGGCGUUUAGGGAACAUCUGGAAACUGCAGCAUCUACUGAUGACUGGGAUGUUUAGAGAACUUUUGGAAACUACAGUGUCUGUUGAUGAUUGUGAGGUAUUUAGGGAACAUCUGGAAACUGCAGCAUCUACUGAUGACUGCGAGGCGUUUAGGGAACCUCUGGAAACUGCAGCAUCGACUAAUGACUGUGAGGCGUUUAGGGAACAUCAGUAAACAGUUUUGCGACCUGGCUGAAGGCGCUCCGGUGCACCAAUGUUAAAGUGAGUUUGGAGCCCUGUAUUUGCUGCGUUCAUGUUCCGUUUGACCUUGAAGCUGUUUUGUUGACGCGUUUGAAUGUUUUUGGUUUGUUUGUUUACCUCAACAACAACAACUAUGCAACAACACUUUUGUGCAAUAACGACCAAAGAUUCUCUGAAAGGGAAACUCCACCCGACCUCCUGUGGUGCGUUCAGGGACCAAAAUGAGCUCCAGACUGAACUCCAUCUGCUACUGGUGGAUUUAGAACAUUUUAAUUCUGCUUUUCUUUUUUUGUUCAUUAGCUUUGUGUGUUUUUUUGACGUCAUGAUGAUGAUUUUGUUUUGGAAUUGUCUUUAUUUUCUAAUAAUCUGAACUCAUAGUUCUCCUAGCAGCAUUACCGUUUCACUGAUGGAGUUCCGGAAGCAACAAAAACCAACCUUGAAUUCAGAUUUUUUAAAGAAAAACUCCAAUGAGUGGACCUAAUUUAGUGCCAAAGACUAAUAAUUAUUUUUAUAUAAAUGAGAUAAAUGUCUGAUUAUGAUAGGAAUCACUACAAAUAGUCGUCUUGUGAUAAUUAGGAAAGAAAAACCUGUUAAAGCUGUUAAAGUGAAAGUGUCUGUUCAGGGACAGUUUGGGGGUUUUCGGCAGGUGAAGGAGUGUUUGGGGAUUUUUUGGACUGAAAAUAAAACCAGGAUUUUUUUCUUCAUCUGAGCCAAACGAGGACCAAAGUGUGGAGAAGAGUUUAAAUCCUGUCAAAAUGUUUACAUGUCAGAGCUGCCAAAUAAAGCCGAAAAAAUGGUCCAAAGCUGA